AAUUCCCAAUUAGGAGGAAAGUGACUUCUGUCACCAGACCAAUGUUCCAGCAAACAUUAUAAGAACACAAUCCGGGUGGGCUCAAAACAUCAAACCAUUACAACUGGUGAUUGCAGCAUACUUCAUUAAUUUGCUGCAUUCUCCAAUUAAUACAUACAUUGAAAAACAAUGAGGCAUUUUCAUUUCUCCUUAAUGCUUUUCAUCCUCUUUUUUCAAAUUUUCGCUUGCUAUAGUGCGAGAAAGGUAGGGGGUAUUGACUCUGGCACUGAAACAGAAGUACUCUUAUCUUUCAAAUCCUUGGUGUCUGAUCCCCAAAAUGCUCUGUCUGGGUGGAAUAUAAGUUAUUCUCACUGUACUUGGUUUGGGGUCAACUGCACCAGCAGUACAACAAAAGUCCAAUCACUGCACCUUAGCAGUCUGGGACUCUUUGGUAUUAUUCCCCCUCAGCUCUCCAACCUCACUUCCCUCAAAACUCUAGACCUUUCAAACAACUCCUUUUUUGGUCAAAUUCCUUCUGAGCUUGGCCAUCUUACUAGCCUUCAGCAUAUAAUUCUCGUGGGGAACAUAAUUAAUGGCACGAUCCCUAUCAGUCUAUCUCAUUGUCGUAGGCUUGAAACUAUAAUGUUUCGGAACAACAAACUUACUGGUCAUCUUCCUCGUGAACUAGGCCGACUUCAUAGACUGAAAGUUCUUGACGCGUCCAUGAACAAUCUUACUGGUGCAAUUCCCUCUACUUUUGGCAAUCUCUCCACUCUUACCGUUCUCAACAUGUCAAGAACUCAGAUAUAUGGCGAAAUUCCAAAUGAGUUGGGUCGUCUCAAUAAUCUUGUCACUCUUCAACUCUCGGAGAAUCAAUUAAGUGGUGAGAUUCCCUUUUCAAUUUUCAACAUUUCCUCCCUGAAGUUCUUAUCUCUCACACUAAACAGGCUAGUUGGAAAGCUUCCCUCCAAUAUAGGCCUUACCCUUCCCAAAAUAAGGGAUCUCCGCUUGGCCAGCAAUCAUCUGGAAGGACCAAUACCAAGUUCUUUAUCCAAUGCUUCAUAUAUUGAACACCUUGAUCUCUCCUCAAAUAAUUUCACUGGGCAUAUUCCUUUACUUGGUAACUUGAAACAUCUUGUCCAGUUACUCCUUGGUGCGAACAGUUUAUCUUCUACAACAAAACUGAAUUUCCAAGUAUUUGACUCCCUUACAAACUGUACCCUGCUAAGCAAAAUCCUUCUGAAUUCUAACCAAUUAGCUGGUGAACUUCCCCCUUCUGUCGCAAAUCUCUCGGUCAAUCUCCAACAUUUUUGUGUUUAUGAUAAUUUCCUGACCGGUAGCUUCCCUCAAAGAUUGGAAAAGUACCAAAACCUUGUGUCCUUAUCAAUUGAGAAAAAUUUUUUCGAAGGCAAAAUACCAAACUCAAUUGGAAAACUUCAGAAACUAGAAAGACUUAUGGUUUCUGGCAACUUGUUCUCUGGAGAAAUUCCGGAUAUCUUUAGCAAUCUUACGUGGCUAUAUGAGCUAGACAUGGCAAACAACCGGUUAUCUGGUAGAAUUCCUAUGAGUAUAGCAACAUGCCAGCGAUUAGAGAUGCUUGUUCUACGAAGGACAGCCCUCAGUGGCAGCAUUCCAAAGCAAAUUUUUGAGCUUCCCCAGCUAAAAUUUUUGCUGUUGGCAAAUAACAGCUUAAGCGGUUUUCUGCCCGAUGAAUUUGGCCAUUUGAGACAGCUUGAAUUCAUGGACAUUUCUGGAAACCAGCUAUCCGGAAAUAUUCCUGCAAUAACCGAGAGAUACUCAAUUUUGCAAUAUCUCAACAUUGCAAGAAACAGGAUAACUGGCUCAAUACCAAAGUCACUGGAAAAUCUAGCAGCACUGGAGAGCUUGGAUCUUUCUUCCAACAAUCUCUCUGGCCUAAUCCCGACAGAAUUGGAGAACCUCAAUGCUUUGCAGAUGUUAAAUUUGUCUUUCAAUAGCUUGGAAGGAGAAGUACCGAAAAAUGGUGUCUUUGCCAACAUCAGCUGGGAUUCUCUACAGGGAAACAAACAGCUCUGCGUAUUUGACCAUGAGACUGCAGAAAAGCUAAGAGUCACUACUUGUGUGACAAAAACAAAAUCGAACUCAGAUUUAGUGCUCAAAGUCAUUAUUCCAACCUCUUCUUUCAUUGUGCUUGUGUGUGCAUUGUGUUUAGUAUGUGCAGUGAUCACCAAAAAGAAGAGAAAGACAAUAAACAAUCAAAGUUCAUCAUCUGAACUGAAGGGUUUACCGCCAAGGCUAUCUUACUCUGAAAUCCAGCUUGCAACAAACGGGUUUGACACAAAAAAUUUGAUAGGGAGAGGAGCUUUUGGGUCUGUAUAUAGAGCUGUUUUCAGUACUGGUGAAAGUGGAAUCCACACCACAGUUGCAGUCAAGGUUCUUGACUUGACACAAAGCAAAGCUUCCAAGAGUUUUGUCACAGAAUGUGAAGCUCUCAGAAACAUCCGGCAUCGGAACCUUGUUAAGGUCUUCACUUCUUGCUCCAGCAUUGAUCACACAGGAGCUGAAUUCAAGGCUUUAGCUAUGGAAUUCAUGUCUAAUGGUAACUUGGAUAAGUGGUUGUACCCAGAGGAUGUUGAGUGUGGAUCAACUCUGACCUUGACCCAGAGACUGAAUAUUGCUAUUGAUGUAGCUUCUGCGUUAGAUUACCUACAUCAUGAUUGUGACCCACCUGUAGUCCAUUGCGACUUGAAACCUGGAAAUGUGCUUUUAGAUGAAGAUAUGACUGCUCAUGUAGGAGAUUUUGGGUUAGCAAGGUUUCUCUCUCAUGAUUCAUCACAGACUGGGAGUAGCACAAUCGGACUAAAAGGCUCAAUUGGUUAUAUUGCUCCAGAGUAUGGCUUGGGUGGAAAGGCUUCAACCAGCGGGGAUGUCUAUAGUUUUGGGAUACUGCUGCUUGAGAUGAUCAUUGCCAAGAAGCCCACAGAUGGGAUUUUCCAGGAAGGUUUAAGCAUAAACAAGUUCAUCUCCGAAGUGCAUGAGAGUAAAAUCUUGGAUAUUGCUGAUCCAAAGCUUUUCAAGGAUAAUGAAUCUUUUUUGCAAAACAGCAGUGCUAAUUAUUCUUCUGGUGAUGAUAGCAGCAGCAAGAACAAAAACAACAUUGCUUUCAGAGGUGAAGAGUGCGUGGCUUCUAUGGUGAGAGUUGGACUGUCUUGUGCUGCUGAUUCAUUGAAAGAACGUUUUACUAUGAGAGAAGCCUUAUCGAAGUUGCAAGAGAUUAAAAGAUGUUCUAGUGGAUGAAGCAUUGCAUUAAAUCUAUUUUGUGUAUUUAUGUUUGUUUCCCAAGCUGUUUGAAGCUAUAAGUUCUUAUGAUUAGAACUGCAAAUUGAUAUGAGGAUCUCUUUAAUGGCCAGUUAAUUUGAUCAUAUGUCAAAUUUUAUCAA